AAACUUGGUGGGUCCAUGGUAUCCUCAGACCCGUUCCAUCCACCACCCACUAUAUCUGGAAGAGAAAAUAGUCUCGGGCAAGAAACCAAGAAGAAUAAGAAAGAAAGACAGAAAGAAAGAAGAGCCAUGGCUGUGAUCUGUUGGAACAACAUCCCAGAGAUUGAUCUGCAAGAAUCUGCAGAUAAUAACAAUAAUCGUCAAGAACUGAAGAAGAAGCUGAGAGAGGCGUGCCAGGAAUGGGGAUGUUUCAGAGUGAAGAACCAUGGAAUUGAUUCAAGCUUGAUGGGAGAGAUGAAGAAGGUGGUGAGAAGUCUGCUUGAUCUUCCUCUGGAGAUUAAGAUGAGAAACACUGAUGUUAUUGCAGGAAGUGGAUAUAUGCCUCCAAGUUCAGCCAAUCCUCUCUAUGAAGGCUUGGGACUCUACGACAUGGCUUCGUCUCAGGCCGUCCAGGGCUUUUGUUCUCACUUAAAUGCCUCUCCCCACCAAAGGAAGGUGUUAGAGACAUAUGGGAAAGCAGUUCAUGAAUUGUUGAUGGAUAUAUCAAAAAAGAUGGCAGAGAGUUUGGGUUUGAAAGAAGGAAUUGUAUAUUUUAAGAAAUGGCCAUGUCAGUUCAGGAUAAACAAGUAUAGUUUCACAUCAGAAACUGUAGGAUCAUCUGGUGUGCAAAUUCACACAGAUUGUGCAUUUCUCACCAUUUUGCAAGAUGAUGAAAAUGUUGGAGGGCUUCAAGUGAUGAACAAUAAGUCUGGUUCAUUUGUUGAUGUCCCUCCUUGCACAGGAAGCUUCUUUGCCAUUCUUGGUGAUAUUGCUCAUGUGUGGAGCAAUGGAAGGUUUAUGUACGCGAAGCAUAGAGUAGAAUGCAAAGAAGCAAGUGUUAGGGUUUCAAUAGCUUCAUUUCUGCUGGGACCUAAAGAAGAAGUGCGAGCACCUGAAGAUCUAGUGGACUCUGAUGGCCAUCGUCUUUUCCUUCCCUUUGCUUAUGAACACUACAAGAAGCUCAGGCUCUCUAACAACAUGCGUGCUGGUGAAGCUCUAGCCCUCCUUCACACCCAUUCAAAACUUCAAUCCUAAUUAAAAGUCCAUUGAAAUAUAUAUAUAUAUAUAUAUAUAAAAUUUAUUAGAUGUGCCAUGAAGUACUUCUUUUGAAUAAGUGGAGACACAAGAGGGUCAUAUGGUGGAAUAGAAUGUCAGUCUUGACUCUUC